CCUUCUCCAAAUUCUGCAGGGGCACUCAAGAGUCAAGAGCACUUUCCCUAUAGCUUCACUUCAAUUCUUUAACCUCUGCUUUUACAAACCUUGAGAAACGGACAAAAUGCUGGUUCCAAGAAGAACCCCCAGGACCAUGAGACAUUGUCUCUGUCUGUUGUUUAUGGCCACCCUGCCAGCAUUACUUGCAAACAAAGUCCCCAAUGUGGCCCUUUCAGGAGAGGCUUUCCAAUCCAGCACUUACAAUAUCCUGGGAGUCGCUAGGAAUGCGAUUGAUGGGUCUACAUCGGGUGAAUUUGGAGAUGGGUCGUGCUCCCAUACAGACAGUGAAAAUAAUCCAUGGUUGAUAGUGGACUUAAAGGCAGAGUAUCGAAUAUUCCAUGUAAGCAUCACCAAUCGGAAAGAUUGUUGUGAAUAUCGGCUAAAUGGGGCUGAAAUUCGGAUUGGAAACUCCACAGAGGCAGGGGGAACCACCAAUCCCAGAUGUGCUACAAUUACCUCCUUGGGCCCUGGGGAAACACACAGUUUUUAUUGUGAAGGUUCACAAGGACAGUUUGUGACCAUUAACCAACCAAGAGGAGGAUACCUCACACUGUGUGAAGUCGAAGUGUUUGGUCUGAAGACAGAUUCAACCAUUGAACGCAGCCCCGAGCAGAGCAAGCUAUCCAAACCGCAACAAGAACUGGAACGUGGAGAACAAGUCCAGAUGUCUGUCCCCAAUGUGGCUCAUGAAGGGAGAGCAUCUCAGUCCAGCACUUUCAAUGAACUUGGAAAUCCUGAGAAUGCCAUUGAUGGGUUGCCAUCGGAUGACUAUUUGCGUGGGCACUGCACCCACACAAAACUGGAACUUAAUCCAUGGUGGAGAUUGGACUUGACAUCAGAGUUUCGAGUGUCCAGCGUUAGCAUCACCAAUCGAGGAGACUGCUGUGAAGAACGAAUAAACGGGGCUGAAAUUCGAAUUGGGAACUCUCCAGAAAAAGGCGGAAUCACAAAUCCAAUGUGUGGGAAGAUCAGCUCGCUGGGGCCAGGGAAAACAGCCAUUUUUGAGUGCAGAAAAAUGGAAGGACAGUACAUAACUAUUACCAUCCCAGGCAUACGGAUCCUCUCAUUGUGUGAAGUUCAAGUGUUUGGUGGUGUAAAAAUGGAAUCUUCUUUCUCCAAUGUGGCUCCUGAAGGGAGAGCAUCUCAGUCCAGCACUUACAAUGAACUUGGAAAUCCUGAGAAUGCCAUUGACGGGUCUCCGUCUGACAACUAUUUGCUUGGGCACUGCACCCACACACAGCAGGAACUUAAUCCAUGGUGGAGAUUGGACUUGACAUCAGAGUUUCGAGUGUCCAGCGUUAGCAUCACCAAUCGAGGAGACUGCUGCGAAGAACAAAUAAACGGGGCUGAAAUUCGAAUUGGGAACUCUCCAGAAAAAGGCGGAAUCACAAAUCCAAUGUGUGGGAAUAUCAACUCGCUGGGGCCAGGGAAAACAGCCACUUUUGAUUGCGGAGAAAUGCAAGGACAGUACGUAACUGUUACCAUCCCAGGCAUGCGGUUCCUCUCGUUAUGUGAAGUUCAAGUGUUUGGUGUAAAAGUGGUUUCUUCUUUCUCCAAUGUGGCUCCUGAAGGGAGAGCAUCUCAGUCCAGCACUUACAAUGAACUUGGAAAUCCUGAGAAUGCCAUUGACGGGUCUCCGUCUGACAACUAUUUGCUUGGGCACUGCACCCACACACAGCAGGAACUUAAUCCAUGGUGGAGAUUGGACUUGACAUCAGAGUUUCGAGUGUCCAGCGUUAGCAUCACCAAUCGAGGAGACUGCUGCGAAGAACGAAUAAAUGGGGCUGAAAUUCGAAUUGGGAACUCUCCAGAAAAAGACGGAAUCACAAAUCCAAUGUGUGGGAAGAUCAGCUCGCUGGGGCCAGGGAAAACAGCCACUUUUGUUUGCGGAGAAAUGCAAGGACAGUACGUAACUGUUACCAUCCCAGGCAUGCGGAUCCUCUCGUUAUGUGAAGUUCAAGUGUUUGGUGUAAAAGUGGUUUCUUCUCUCUCCAAUGUGGCCCUUAAUGGAAAGGCAUUCCAGUCCAGCACUUAUAACGAAUUAGGAUCACCUGAAAAUGCCAUUGAUGGUUCUACAUCUGCUGACUAUUUGCGUGGACAAUGCACCCACACACAGCAAGAAACUGAUCCGUGGUGGAUGGUGAACCUGAGGGCGAGGUUUCAAGGGCUCAGUGUAAUUGUCACCAAUAGAGGAGACUGUUGUGCAGAACGGAUAGAAGGUGCUGAAAUCCGGAUUGGAGACUCAAAAGAUGGUGCAGGUCUUGAAAAUCCCAGAUGUGUUACAAUCCACUCACUUGGUUUGGGGGAAACUCAAAAAUUUGACUGUGAAGGAAUGCAAGGGCAGUAUGUGACUAUUGUUGUCCCAGGCAGUGACAAAUACCUCUCCUUGUGUGAAGUCCAAGUCUUUGGUACACAGAUAAUUCCCCUCGUCCCCAAUGUGGCCCUUAAAGGCACAGCAUUCCAGUCCAGCACCUACAACAAACUUGGAGCUGCAGAGAAUGCGAUUGAUGGAUCUACUGCAGUUGAUUAUAUGCGUAGGUCAUGCACUCACACAGACUUAGAACUGAAUCCAUGGUGGACCGUAGAUUUGAAGGCAGAAUUUAAUGUGACCAGCGUAAGCAUCACCAAUCGAGAAGACUGUUGUGAACAUCGCCUCAAUGGGGCUGAAAUCCGGAUUGGGAACUCAUUGGAGAAAGGAGGCUCCACAAAUCCCAGGUGUGCCACAAUCAUCUCACUAGAUGCUGGAGAAUCCCACAAUUUUGAUUGCAAAGGGAUCAAAGGGCAGUAUGUAACAGUUACUAUCCCGGACACUCAGUUUCUCACACUGUGUGAAGUUCAGGUGUUUGGUGUGAGGGCUGAAUCCUCAGGAGAUCCAGACAUCUUUGCAUAGAAGAAGGAAGCAGAAGUGCAAAAUCUCCUUGGCAAAGCUUUCCUUUUCGUGAUGAAAUAGACCAAUGCUAUGUUGUCUUGAGUUCCACACAGUUGUACCGUCUUACAGCAGUUAUUCUUGGCAAUUGUAGAGUGACUGGUUAAUUUUCAAUCAUUUAUAUUUCCUACAAUUAGUUCAAUGUCUGGGAAGAGACCAAUGGUACCCUCAAUUUCGACCUGAGUAGUUCUCCCUGCCUAAAUUGAGCACUUUUGUAAAUCAUAUGUGUGUGAUCUGGAGAUGCCACUUCUUCUGAUUUAUUUUCAUCUUCCCUUUUUAUAUGUACAAAGAGGCAAUAAAUACUGAAGCAAAGAAA